AUGGCGGGGAUGCUGUGCGUCAAGUGCGCUCGCGUGUGCUACAGUGUGUGCGGUCUGUGCUGCUGCCGCUGCACAGGAGGUGCGGAUGCAGAAGCUUUGCAGGUUAAGCUUGCGUGCGACUGUGAUUGUAGCCAAGCAAAGAGUGGUUUUGGGCUGCAGUUAAGGCGCUGGCUGUCCUUCCUGCCUGCGGCCUUCGUCGUGUACAUCCUCCUCCACUACCUCGUGUACCAGCCCGACAUCUCGGGUCCCCACGCCGUCCUGGUGACGGACGGCCGAAGUAACAGCAGUUUGGUGGGCGGGGCGGGAGGAAGGACGCUGCAGAGCGGCCCUCGCGUCUUGCCCCAUCUCUCGUCGGACUCGCAGGACGUCUUGCAGGACGCCCCGAAUGCCCCCGCGAACGCUGCAACGCCUUCAGCCGGCCUGGAGGAGAGCGCCGCGUCGCCAGGCGUGGCAGCGUCGGCAGUGGGCAGCGGGCAUUUCCAGCCGGAGGACAACACGACGGCGUUUCAAGGUAGUGAUGGCGCCGCGCUCCUCGACACUGACUCCCCCAGUCUAGCCAGGUUUGACAGCAUGCCUCGUCGCCUCGGGGUGCAGGAUCCCUCGAAGGAGGCGUCCCCCAACCCCGAAGAGAGCGAGGCCGUCCUCCUUAGGAGCGGCGGCUUGAUAGGGACCGGGUCGGUGAGCAGGCCGCCUCCCUCCGCCACGGGCUCUCAGGGGCCGCCCUCGGGCUCAGCCUCUAGGGCUCCUGUUGAGGUCGACCUGAGAGCCGGGCUUCCGGAGGGCGUAAGUUCAGCCGCCAUCCCGCCCUCGCCCCGCGACGCCCCGCCUCUGCCCGUCCGAGGUGCCGUCCCUGUCCGUCCCACGCCCCUGCCGCGCCGUGAGGUUUUGGCCGUGGAAGCCGCCGGGAGGCCGAUGCCCAUGGACCCCGACCCGCCCUUGCCGCCCGCGCACGCUCUCCCGGAGUACAUGGGGCAGGGCGGCCUGCGCUUCGACCAGCGAAGCGUGGACUACCACUACCCCGCCGUCCACGGGGGGUACGAGGGCGAGUACGAGGCCUACGGCCAAGACAAGCCCGGCUACGGCCCCGAGAUGCCACUGCCGAGGACCUACUACGCCCACAGCCAGGCCAUGGCCGAAAUGGGCGGCCUGCAGCCCCUAGGCGGCAACAUGCUGUCCCCCUCUUACGAAGCGUUCGGCUACCCCGACGAGCGCGACCUGGCCAUGGGCGCGAACCCGCCCGCGCAGGCAGUCCUGGCGCACCAAGCUCAACCGUCUGAGGGAAACAAGCCACCUGCGAGUCCCCAGGAGAAAGGGUCCCAGCCACAAGCAAAGGGAGUGGCAGGACACACAGAGGUGCGGGUCUCUUCAACAAUGAGAGCAGUAUCCUCGUCAUCUUCGUCUUCUGUGGCAACUAAGGGAGCUGGACUCCCUCAGCAGUCCUCCCCCGCUGGACUGGCAGCAGCCCAGAGCCAGCCACAACCACCUCAUAUGGUAGUGGUCGAAGGCACAGGCUCUGUGCCACAGGUUCGGCAGUCUAAAAAGACUACUGUGGUGAAGAAGAGCAACAUUGCAUCUUCAACUGGGCUUUCUAUUAAUGCUUUAAAGGGAAAGACAAAGGUUGGAGAGAAGUACGAGUCAGGGUUCAAUGUGCCCCAUGAAGAAUUAUGUCCCAACAAUGGAAGAGAACUUAAAGUGCUAGUCCUCAUCACAACGGCUCCAGAUCAUGAAAAGCAUCGUACAGCCGUUAGACAGACAUGGGGCCAUUUUUCGAUCAGAAAAGAUGUUGUCAUGGCAUUUAUGAUAGGGAGAACCAACAACCCUACCAUUCAAGCCAAUAUCGAUAGAGAAAAUGAACUGUAUGGCGAUGUUGUUCAAGCAAACUUUAUAGAUCACUACAGCAACCUUACUUUGAAGACAGUGUCAAUGUUUGAGUGGGCCAAGACUUACUGCUCAGAAUCACAUUUUAUUUUAAAGACAGAUGAUGAUAUGUUUAUCAAUAUGCCUUUACUCCUGACUUUCAUUGACUCCAAGAUUAAUGACCGGCGUGUCAUGUAUGGACGGCUUGCCAAGGGCUGGAAGCCUGUUCGGAAUAAGAAGAGUAAGUACUACAUUGACACUAGUACUUACAGUAAGACUAGAUAUCCAGAUUUCCUCACUGGGCCUGCUUACCUCUUCACCAAUGAUGUGGUCGAUGACAUCUAUCAGAAAGCCCUUGGCACUACUUUCUUUGUAUUGGAAGACGUGUUGGUGACUGGAAUUGUUGGGGAGAGUUUAAGAAUUAAGAGAGUAGGAGACUCACGAUUUAGAAAUGAGAAGAUUAAAUUAACCGAUACAUGUAGUUUAAUGAAAACAAUUUCAAUCCAUAUGGUUAAAUAUGAAGAACAGUUUGAUAUAUACAAACGGACACUAGAUGGGAAGGCAAAAUGUAAAACUGGAUAGUGAAAAUUAGGCAAGCCCUUGCCAUUCCCCAGAGGCAAAGGCUCAAUAUUGUCAGGAAUUGUUUACCAUGUGAUAGAUAAAAUAUGAUUUAUGCUCAAAAUAUGGCUCUUUGGAAGUCUGUGAUUCUCCAUUUCAUAAGGUGUAAUGGAAGUCAAGAGACAGUUUCAUUAAUGUCUAGUCCUUCAUUGCAUGUGGUAAUAAAGGAAAGCAAUGUCUGUGUGAGCUCUUGAGUUGAUUUUUUAAAAGAAAAGUACAGAAAAGCGAGAAUGGAACUGCUAGUGAGCUUAAGUGCUGGAAAUCAGAACCAAAGAUGAUCCAGUGAUGAGAAGUCAUACAGAAUGUGAGAAAUUUGUGAACUUGUUCUAGGAAGUAUAGAGACUGAGAGCUCCCACUUUGUCCAAACUUCAGAAAAUUGAAAUAGAGCCUUUUGUGGUAUGCUGAAUAUUUGAGAAUUAACACUUGAUUAUUUUAGUGAUAGAAAAUGAACAAGAAGGACUGAACACUUUGCUAUCUGUGAUCUGAAUCCAUUUUCUCAUUGCUUUCUCAAGUUUGUUGGAGUGACCUAAGUCAGCUUGCAGUGUUUUUAAGAUGUUCCUAGUGUGAGAAAAUAUGGUCAGGGUUAAUUACUUGCACAAGAGUUUUCAGUGUUUUGACAUCAUAUUUGCACAAAGAUUGAACUGUAUUUGUAGUAUUUACUAUGAAUAAUACCCAGGUGGUAUUAGACUCAUUCUUGCUGUCUCUGGAAUAAUAAUGUGAGUAAAAAAGUAAAUAAAUAGGUUGAACUAAAUAUAUAUACAUGUAUAUUCCACUUUUGCAAUGACUGUGAACACCAUCAUUAUUGUUACUUUACACACAGAAGGGAGUGUUUUGGGAAAAAAAAAUUGCACUUCAGAUUGCAGGUUUUGUUAUGCACUCGCAUGUGUAUAAACUUCAAUACCAUGGGCUGGUGUGAAUCAUCAUUGUCAUAUUUGUGUGUUACCAUUCUAUGAGUCCAUCUGUUCACUGAUGCUUGUAGGAAAUACUCCUCAGUGGCCUCAUUCAGUGUAGAAAAUAGU